UCUCUGUGCGUGAUUCCUAUCUAUUAUUUAAAAAGAAACUUCUUUUACGUAAACAAAAGCGGCUAAACUAAACCGAUAUUAAUUUAUGUAUCUUAAAAUGUAUUGAGAUCAAGGAAUUAUUAUUAAAUUCAUAAUUUUAUUGUGUGAUUAGUAUAACCUAUAAGAAUGUUACGAAUACCGGCUCGAAGCAGAGUAGGACUUGAAAAGUCGCUGGUGCGGAUGAAGUCGUCGAGCAGCUUUAUACGAAGCACUUUUAUCGACUAUUUUGUUCAUAAUCACGGCCAUAAGCAUGUAAAAUCAAGCUCAGUGGUACCCCUGUGCGACCCCUCGGUGCCCUUCGUGAAUGCUGGCAUGAAUCAGUUUAAAGGUGUGUUCCUCGGUCGAGUGGAGCCACCGUGUCCUCGUGCUGUCAACUCUCAGAAGUGUGUCCGUGUUGGAGGCAAGCACAAUGAUCUGGAAGUGGUCGGCUCUGAUGGACACCAUCAUACCUUCUUUGAAAUGCUUGGAAACUGGUCCUUUGGGGACUAUCAUAAGAAAGAAGCAUGUAAAAUGGCAUGGGACCUGCUCCUAGGCCCAUACCGGUUCAAGCCGGAAGACCUAGUCGUGACAUACUUCGAGGGUGAUCCUAUCAUUGGCAUCACGGAAGACAGGGAGUGCAGAGACAUUUGGAAAUCCCUAGGUGUGCAGCCCAGCAGACUCAAAGCCCUUGGGACAGCAGACAACUUCUGGGAGAUGGGCACCACUGGGCCCUGCGGACCCUGUACUGAGAUACACUAUGUCAACCCCGAUGGCAGCCUUACGGAGAUAUGGAAUAUUGUUUUCAUACAGUGCAACAGGGAAGCCGACGGUUCAGUGAAGCCGCUUCGCAAGCACCACGUAGACACGGGGAUGGGUCUCGAGCGGACCACGGCCCUCAUACAAGGCGCCAAGUCCAACUAUGACACGGACUUGUUUCAGCCCCUUAUGAAGGCGAUUGAGCAGAACAGUCCGGGUGCGCCGCGCUACACGGGCCACUUCGGCGCCGACGCACAACUGGACAACGCGUUCCGCCGCCUCGCCGACCACGCGCGCAUGCUGGCCGUGUGCCUCGCGGACGGCGCCUUCCCGAAUACCAACCUAAACCUAAAGCAGAUAAUGCGCACAUCCUUAAAGAUCGCCACUGACAUAUUCGGCAACCAUCGACUCGUGCGCAUAUUAUACGACGAAGUAGCUUCCACACUCGGGCAUGCCUACCCCGAGCUUGAGUCGAGAGCUAAGGACGCCAAGCUGAUUAUAGAGCACGAGGAGCAGGCCUACAAGAGAUUACGGUCAGAGCUGGUCAAGAAGUGGCGAGAUCUUCUAUCGCAGCACCCGGAAGCCGAAGCCAUGAGCGACGUGGAGAUGGCCGGUUUUCCACGAGGCUAUAAGGAGUUUAAGGAGGUCAUGGGCAAGCAAAACUCAUCCGUAAUACCAGGGGAGUUAGUGUUUAAACUGUACGACACCCACGGCUUCCAAGAAGACGUGAUCGAACGCAUCGCCAAACUAAACAACGUGACCAUCGACAAGAAAGGCUUCUGGAAGCUUCUUCAACAACACAAGACCAGGCACAAGAUCGCCAUUCAAGAACAAACCGCCAGCAGAGCGCAAAUGUUCGACAAGGCCAUAGAAAAUCUUAAAAAAGACAACAUUACGUCAACCAACGACUCAUAUAAAUACAAAUACUCAAUAGUAGAUAAUAAAAUCCAAUAUGAACCUCUUAAAAGUAAAGUAUUAGCAACUUUAAACGAAGAAGGCGAAUGGAUAGACUUUUUAGAGCCAUCCGAAAAUCAAACUUAUUACCUAAUAAUUAAAGACACUAAUUUUUAUUGCGAGGAAGGUGGACAAAUAGCAGACACUGGCGUCAUUCACAUAAACAAUAGAGUGCAUUUGAAAGUGGAGAGUGUUUUUAAAAUCCGCGAUUUCGUGUUCCAUAAAGGCUGUUUCACAAUAACGGAUCCUAUAGACAAUGAUUUCGGUUGUGAUAGUGAAGUGUUAUUAGAAAUCGAUAGUGAGAAACGACUUGAUGUUAUGAGGAAUCAUACGGCAGUGCAUUUAUUGAAUGCGGCGGUUAGGAAAGUGUUGCCGGAUAGUGUGGUGUGUCAGACUGGGUCUAGUGUUACUGAUAAGGGGUUGUCAUUAAAUUUGUCGGUUUAUGGACAACGGUUGACGCAGGAUGUGAUGAUGCGAGCGCAGGAGUUGAUUCGUGAAUCUAUUCAGGCAAACACACCAGUAAAAUCCCGUGUCAUAGACAGCCUGCAGCUAAACGAGUCCAUUCUAACAGUUCCCGGAGAGAGCUACCCAGAAACCGGCUUACGCGUCGUAGAAGCAAGCGAACCUCUGCCUUCUAAAGAGUUAUGUUGCGGCACACACGUCCCAUCCACGGGCCAUAUCGGCGAGCUGUGUAUAACACUAGUGAAAGCCGCCGGGGGCACUUCGCCGAACAUCCAUGCCAUCACGGGCCCGAGAGCUACUGAGGCGCGUGAACUCUUCUGUAAAUCCCAUCAACUCUUCAAAGUCUCCGAUCUUCUCGACCCUGAUCAGAGCAAGGAGCAAGUGACGGACAUCAAGCAGCGACUAUCUGAGCUGUGUGCCGGCAGCGGGGCGCCGUACGCUGAAUAUAGCCAGUGCCUUGACGUGCUGGAUAGAGUACAGAAAGCUGCUGCUACCAAUGAUCUCGCUUUACAUUCUAUCGUGGAAGAAGAGAUCCGCAACGCUACCGACGAAGCCAACCGCGACGGGCGCCGCGUCGUGGUCCACUUCCUGCGCUGCUCCUACAUCAUGGCGCCCGCCGCCGCCGCCGCGGCGCUGAGGACUCACCGCGCCGGUGCCGGUGGCGCCCCCGCGCUACUGCUGGGCUGCGCUCAGGGCGUCAUCACGGCCGUCUGCACAGUGCCCAAGGACAUGACGUCACACUCAUUCAACGCGAAACAAUGGCUAAGCAGUAUUCUGCCAGUAUUCAACGCGGAGUUGGUACCUACGCCCGAAAAUGAAUCCAACACAUAUGCGGAAAUGACAGGCACCAAGGUGAGCCUAAUAACCUGCGAGCAGCUCGUGCAGGACGCGAUGAGCGCCGCCAUUAAGUUCGCCAACACUCACACCACCACCGACGACUCCAACUCCAAACUGGCCUCCGCUAAUUAAACUGUAAGGACCACUUGCACCAUUCACUAACCCGGUGUUAACCGGUACCAUGGUUACCAGUACAAUUUGACUAGGUUAACGGUUUAACCGGUUAACCCCGGGUUAGUGGGAUGGUGCAAGUGGCGCUAAGGGUGCAAACUGAGUGCAUGCUCGAGCGGCGGCGAGGCUUGGCUCCAUGAAUUUGUUGAUGAAAUGUUUGUAUGUCACUUUAUUGCAUGUAAACAAGUUUACACAAAAUAGGCAUAAUAAAGUAAAAGAUGUAAGUAUAUGUACAAAGGCGAACUUAUCCCUGACAGAGAUCUCUUCCAGCAAAGAUAGAUAUAACUCCGUAAUAGAUGGAUAAAGUCUAAGGAAAAAACGUACCUCGAAAAAUCACGAAAAUUUGAUUCUCGAUCAGAUGGCGCCACUACCUUUGGCCUACUCUUGUAUAGAGGGCGUUGACGGUUUCGUUUGUUAUUUAACAAUUUUAACGCAUAUCAUUGAAAGAACAUGGGUCAAAAUCAUAAAAAUAAUGCAAAUAAAAAAAAUCAUUUAUCCAUAUUUUAAUACAUUUUAUCGUAUUUUUAUAAAUUUUCAUUUUUAGUUUUAAAGUGUGUCGAUAGAUGGCAGUGAAUUUACUGUGGUUACAAAAUUUACUAUUACAGUAUGCUCUAUCCUAUUAUAUCCUCUUUGCUUCCAGCUAACCUUUGAGAAAAUGAGAGAGGAACAAACACUAAAAGGUGAUAACAAUAUUAAAAUUUUGGACACACAGGAAUGUAUGUGUGUGUAUAUUAUGUAUGUGAGGAAAUAUAAAGGUUCACCCACAUCAGUGCUGAGGUGCUCAACACAUUGACACACCGUAAGCAGUGCAAGACUACUUCCCAGCGGCAGCUGCAGUUUGGGGUGCAGUGUAUCCCAUCCUCGUCGCCACUGUGAUACAUGAAAGACGUGCGCUCGCGUUGUAACCAUUUAAUGCACUGAGCUCUGACUCGCCUAACGGUACAGGAGCGAAAGAGACAAGUUGAACUAACCUAACAUCUGACUGUCACGGUUUAUGAUGAAGGUGCAAUGAGAUUAAUUUUAUUUGUUAACAGUGAUAUUAAAUAAUAACCUAACCGCUACACUGAAAACUUGCAUCGCAAAUAAAUUUAGUUAAUUUGUAACAAAAGAUAACUUCCUCAUAUUUAACUUUAACCCUAAAGGUUAUUUCAUGCACUAAACUGUAGAUUCUUAAACGUUCUUGGUGUUAUCUGCUAUCAAAAUUCAGUAUGUAUAUUUUAUUUUCUAGAAGCGGGGGGGCGAAACUGAUCCUUUCGGGAAUUCUCGGCUCAGUAUUGUUCCGAGCAAUUAUUACGGUUGGCACAACUUGACGUCCUUUUGCGUCAUAGACAUAGUAUAGUAGUUAUAGACAUGAAACCGUGCGACCAGGGGUAAGAGAAAGACAUAUUCAUGUAUUGACAGGUUAAUGUAUGGCAGCAUAAUCCUUUUUCUCUUUCACUCUUAUCAAUUUCGGUAUUUCGCCAACGCCUCCCAUGCUGCCAUAACCCGACCAUAAAAAAAAACCCGGUCGGUGAUAAGGACAAAGCAUGGCACUAUUUUCUCUUUCCUCUUAUAGGAAUCGCAAUAAGACUAUCUUUCUCUAUCAAAGAGUGUCAGGCCCUUGUUUUGCGUGUACGACCACAGAUAAGAUGACGACUUUAAUUUUGAAUUAAAAAAAUAUAUAUUUCGUAACGUAAUUGUACUUUUUAUAAGGCAAUAAUACGUAAAGGUUCGAGGGAGUAAUAAUUAUUUUGUAUUAUUUUA